AAGGCAAACGCUGAACGUUUCAGUCAUGAGAAUGCAUCUGCAUUUGACUUUAGUAGCUCUUGGAGCUGCUUAUGUUUGUGCCAAUGCUGUAGAAAGUACCAUGAAUAGACUGGUGGCAGAGACCUUGACACUGCUCUCCACUCAUCGAACUCUGCUGAUAGGUGAUGGGAACUUGAUGAUUCCUUCUCCUCAGCAUACAAAUCACCAACUGUGCAUUGAAGAAGUCUUUCAGGGAAUAGACACAUUGAAGAAUCAAACUGCACAAGGGGAUGCUGUGAAAAAAAUAUUCCAAAACUUGUCUUUAAUAAAAGAAUACAUAGACCUCCAAAAAAGGAAGUGUGGAGGAGAAAGAUGGAGAGUGAAACAAUUCCUAGACUACCUGCAAGUUUUUCUUGGUGUGAUAAACACAGAGUGGACAAUGGAAAGUUGA